AUGAAUAUUUUACUUCUCCCAGGCAUUACGUCAACUAUAACUGUCCCUAUGUUGCCUCGUCGUUCGCAUUCAAUUCCAACUUGCACUACUAUUAUUCAGCAGUGUAUCUGCAAGAUAAACGCUCAGACAAAUAACCUAUCUUUUGAUAAUUAUAGUCUUACCCCCACCAUUGUGCGAG